CCUUCCCCUCACUAGAAACACGACACUCCUUUGUCUGCUUUGCUGUCCCCAUCGACAAAUUGGCUGCCGCUGUGUGUGAUUUGGUGGUCCAGAGGCAUCACAGUCCUCCUGGCACAAAACAACUGUCAAGAUGUGUUCCGGUCAUGGUUCUGGUUGUGAACACCCGGCCGGCACGGCUUCUGUCUAUCCUGUCAAGGCAGCCGCCCCGGUCGGCAAGAAGAUUACCUCCUUGUACAAGAAACGCCUGACCAACUUCUUCACGCCGGGACAAUGGGAGAAGGUCAAUCUCAUGGCCAUGCUGGAUCAUGGCAGAUAUUCCGGUGCUCCCCACGUCCAGCUCUCCGUAUGGGAUGCUCCCGGCACCGACAGGCCGACAUUUGCCCAGGCCACCGCCGCCUCCAACGAGUAUCGCGAAACCAAGGUCGGCGAAAAGUUCGGCCCCUCGUGGACAACACACUGGUUCCGCUGCGUCCUUCGGCUGCCCGAGGCCCUAUGCAAUGCUGAUGGUGACAACAAGCCGGCUGCUCAACACAUCGAGUUGCAUUGGGAUUGCAGCAACGAGGCCACCGUCUGGACCGCUGAUGGCGAGCCUCUGCAGGGUCUCACCGGCCGCGGUGAGCGUAUCGAGUGGAUUGUGCCCGACAGCUUCAGAGACGGGCAAGAACACACCAUCUAUCUCGAAAUGGCGUGCAACGGCAUGUUUGGCAACGGCCCCGGCCGACCCAUCUUCAAGAACAACGCCGGAGGUGACUCGAUCCAGCCUCCUGAUCAGAACAAGUUCUUCGAGCUCACCAAGGCGGAGAUCGUGGCCGUCAACUACCCAGCCAGAAUGCUCCACGCCGACUUCAGCGUCAUACACGAUGCCGCAAUGGACCUGCCCGAGGACACGUGGGAGCAGCAUGAGGCGCUCAAUGUCGCGAGCCGCAUCAUCGACACCUUCCGAGUCGGAGAUGACAAGUCGAUCGAAAAGUGCAGGCAGAUUGCGGCGGAAUAUUUGGGCGAAGAUAUCAACUCAGCCGAGGUCUACGCCAAAGGUGGCCCCGUCACCAACAGCCGGCGUCCGACUGUGUUCGCCGUGGGACACUGCCACAUUGAUACGUGUUGGUUGUGGCCAUGGGCCGAGACCAAGCGCAAGGUUGUGCGCUCUUGGUCGAAUCAGUGCGACUUGAUGGACAGGUAUCCCGAAUUGACUUUUGCCUGCUCCCAGGCGCAGCAGUUUCAAUGGCUCAAGGAAAUCUACCCUUACGGCUGGGAACGUGUCAAAGCCAAGGUCAAGUCGGGCCAGUUUCUGCCCAUCGGCGGCUCUUGGGUCGAGCACGACACCAACCUUCCCUGCGGCGAGUCUCUAGUGAGACAGUUUCUCUAUGGCCAGCGAUUCUUCCAGCGCGAGUUUGGCUUCCGGUCCACCACCUCCUGGCUGCCCGACACCUUUGGCUUCUCGUGUCAGAUCCCGCAGAUCUGCCGGCUUGCGGGUAUGACGCGAUUUCUUACACAGAAGCCGUGCUUCAACAGUGUCAAUGAUUUUCCGCAUACAAGUUUCAACUGGGUUUCACUAGACGGCAGUCAAGUCAUCUGCCACAUGCCACCAGCCAAGACUUACUGUGCUGAAGGCAAUUUUGAGAACAUCACAUGCAGCAUCUCAAACCACAAGUCGCUCGACCAAGACAACACCGCCUUGCUUGCUUUCGGGAAAGGUGACGGUGGUGGCGGACCUACAUGGCAACAUCUCGAGCGGCUGCGUCGCCUCAGGGGCAUGGCAGACACCAUGGGGGGCCGGACGGUGCCGCGCACACACGUUGGUGCCACUGUGGACGAAUUCUUCGACGGCCUCGAGGCCAAGGCAUCAAGCCUCGUCACUUGGCACGGAGAGUUGUACUUUGAGCUGCACCGCGGUGUGUACACCACGCAGGCCAAGACCAAGGCGCACAACCGCCGUGUCGAGAUUUUGCUUCACGAUCUGGAGAUGCUGGCCACGUACGCCUCUGUGCAAAGCGGAGGAGCGUUCCAAUAUCCCAAGAAGGAGCUCGAUGAGAUGUGGCAUGGGGUGAUGCUGUGCCAAUUCCAUGACUGUCUUCCAGGAACUGCGAUUGAGAUGUGCUACGACGACUCCGAAAAGAUCUACGACAACGUUUACAAGACCGUAGCUAUGCUCUACCAGCAGAUCCUCAAAACUUUGGACGUGCACGAGAUACAGCCCGCAGAGAUCCAGGUGGACCAAAUCGAGACAACCACUGCGAUCAACACCCUGCCCUGGGCACGAAGCGAACUCAUUGACAUUUCGAGCACGCAAGCUGUUAUCGCUCGUGGAAGUGGUCAUAUGCUUGAUCUCUUGCCGUUCGGAACCGAAAAUGCUCACAGGGAUAAGGUCACGGUGAAAGAGCUGUCUGUGGGUGUUUUCCAGCUGGAAAACGAACACCUCACCGUCAAGGUUGAACGAGGCUGCAUCACGUCGAUCUACGACCGCCGCGCUAGACGCGAGACACUUUCCGGCAAGGCGAACCAAUACGUCAUUUUCGAUGACAAACCGGUGUACUGGCAGGCCUGGGACGUGGAAGUGUACCACCUCGAGACGCGCGAGGAGCUCAACGAUUCGACAGCGACAAUUUUGCUUGAGGACAACGGAUACCGCGCGAGCGUGGUCACGGAGACACGGAUCAGCCAUGAGAGCUCGAUCAAGACGACCAUCUCCCUCAGCGCGGUGCUCGAUAAUACUCAGCCAUCUCAAGUCGAGUGCACGGCCGAGGUCGACUGGCACGAGACGAUGAAGUUCCUCAAGGUUGAGUUCCCCGUCAGUGUGAGCAACAUGGAGGCCUCGUACGAGACGCAGUAUGGCGUUAUCCGGCGACCUACGCAUUACAACACAUCCUGGGACAUGGCCAAGUUUGAAGUCUGCUGCCACAAGUUCGCCGACCUAUCGGAGCACGCGUACGGCGUGUCGAUCCUCAACGACUCCAAGUACGGCUUCGCGACGGUCGGCAACGUCAUGCGCCUGUCGCUUCUGCGCUCACCAAAAGCGCCCGACGGCAACGCCGACAUGGGCAAGCACAUUAUGCGCUGGGCCAUCAUGCCGCACAAGGGGCCCCUGGGUGCCGCGACCGUCCGCGCGGCAGCAAACUUCAACAACCCGAUGAAGAUUGUCCAACGGACGGCGUCUGGCAUCCGCGCCGGCACGAAUCAGCGCAGAGGCGGCAAGGCGCCCAUCAGCCUGAGCGGCGACGACAAUCUGGUGCUCGACUGGAUCAAGCGCGCCGAGGACGACGCGGACGUGUGCCAUGACGGCAACGAGAACCUGGGAGCGCGCGACGCCGCGGCGGGCAAGUCGAUUGUCGUGCGUGUGUAUGAUGCGCUGGGCGGGUUUGGCCGGGGCGUGAUCGAGUCCGAGUUCCCGCUGGACAAGGUGUUCAAGACGAAUAUCCUCGAGGACGAUGGCGAGGAGAUUGAGGUUGCGCAGAGUGGUGGCGGCUCUCAGUUCGAGGUCGAGUUGGGCUCGUUUGAGGUUGCGACUUACCGGCUUGUGCUGAAGCAGUGAAGUGACUCUUCGCCUCCUCGGGAGAAAGGGGAGCACGGUGACAAUGACAAGGUUAGACUGAGAUGGAGAAGGAUAGAGCUAGAGCUAGAGCUGGAGCAUGUAGACGGCCUUGGAUAGAUUGCGUUCUAUACUGUACUUGGUUGUUGAUGAUACACCAAUGAUCAAAUUACUGGGAAUGCGUUCUUUUGAUGCGCGUACACUUCCAGCAAGGAAAAAAUGAAUGCACAGGUGGACGCGGCACAGCUCGGAUGCCCCCACGUCGCGAGCUGUCCGGCGUGGUGAGCCAGACAGCGCGCGUGCUGAC